CCAGAUCUCCCUCUCUCUCUCUCUCUCUCUCUCUCUCACACACAUAGCUUCUCAGACGUCAGUAACGGAAUAUACCGCCGGUUAUUUUUCCGGCGUCCGUUUCAAUUUGAAAAAUGAGUACCGGAGAGCUUCUUAGCGUUGAUCCCCAGGAGCUUAAUUUUCCGUUUGAAUUGAAGAAGCAGAUCUGUUGUUCCAUGCGAUUGACCAACAAAACCGAUAAUCAUGUGGCGUUUAAGGUGAAAACUACGAAUCCGAAAAAGUACUGUGUUCGGCCUAACACUGGAGUCGUGUUGCCUCAUUCUACCUGUGAUGUCAUAGUUACGAUGCAAGCUCAAAAGGAGGCUCCUCCUAACAUGCAAUGCAAGGACAAGUUUCUGCUUCAGAGUGCUGUUGCAAGUCCUGGAGCUUCCCCUAAAGAUAUUACUCCAGAGUUGUUUAACAAGGAAUCCGGAAAUCAGGUGGAGGAAUUCAAGUUAAAAGUUAAUUAUGUUGCUCCCAAGCGACCACCAUCACCUGUAAGAGAAGGAUCAGAGGAGGGCUCUUCUCCAAGGGCAUCAAUAUCAGACAAUGGGACUAUAAAUACAACUGAUUCUACUACCGUUCCAAGAGUAUAUAAUGAAUCUCAUGAGAAUUCAUCUGAGACAAGGGCGCUUAUUUCCAAGCUGACAGAUGAGAAGAAUUCUGCCAUUCAACAGUCUAAAAGGCUUCAGCAAGAACUGGAGUUAUUGAGGCGCCAAGGCAACAAAACGAGCGGCGGUAUCCCAUUCAUAUAUGUUCUUCUUAUUGGUAUUUUGAGUAUUCUGUUGGGAUAUUUUCUGAAGUAAACAUUCAUCUGAAGAUGAUUAAAAAGACAACGGUUGGACAAAGCCUGUGUUAGUUGUGAUAUGAAGAGACAUUGUCAAAGAGACAUGUUUUUUUUUUCUUUUUUUUUUUUUGUGUGCCUUUUGUAAUGUGUGUCCUGUGAUUGCUAUUUGUUAUGUUAAUCUAAAGUCCCAUGUCAGUUUUUUUUUUCUUUUAUUUUUAUUUGGUACAAAGUUGAACUGUCCAGUUAGGAACCAUCUUCUUGUACUAAUCAGUUUUAUAGUUUUCUUUCUUUUGCCUAGCUGUUAAGAAUGCACCAUUGCUUGUCAA